GGACCUAUCAGUCUUAUGAGCGUUCUCUCUUCCAACUUAACCUCUGCACACCACCUGUUCGACUGUUUGUCUCUGUGAAACCUUGCCUGGUCUCUGUUACUUACAAUGGCUUUGAAGAUUCUCAGAGGAAGCUUUCACCGUUUGCCACCGAAUCUCACCUCCCGUUUUCGAGUAGCAGCAUCACAUCCUUUGUCGUCAAGAUUUUACAGCAGCGAAACAGGAAAGGAUUCAGGUUUGAGUGGUUGUGCCAUUGAAACUGUGGAUGAUGCUGCUUGGAAUGUCUCAUCGUCUAUAUCCCAAGCCUGGAGAGAGUUUCAAGCAGACACUGCAAAAAACUCUUCCUUUACAACACAAGGAGGAGAAACGAUCAUGCCUGAUCUUGAUCACGAUGAAAUCGACAAUAUGAGAAUCCGUGGUGAUCUUUUCUACAAGCUUGAUCGAGGGUCAAAAGAGUUCGAGGAAUACAACUAUGACUUCCACCGCAAGAACCAUCACCUGAAACCCAAGAAAGAGCAAAACAGCGGUGAAGAAGAAACAAAGAUGAAGAAGAAGGAGGCAGCAGCAAAGAGUAAUCAAGAAGUUCGCGAGGAAUACAAGAAGAGAGAUGCGCCGAAGAUCAACGCUUUCACUGGUGAAACGGAUCAUCUCAAUGCAGCUGUGAAGAAGAGAGAGCGAACGCUUACGUUUAACCAGCUCACCGCUCCUUAUCACUACCCGUUUUGCUUAGACAUUUACAUCUCAAAAGCCUCUGUUCGAGCAUGUGUGAUCCACAGGGUGACUAGUAAGGUUGUCACUGUGGCUCAUUCCAUUUCAAAAGACAUGAAGUUCGAUCUUGGUUCGACUAGGAACGCAGUGGCUUGCGCUGCGGUUGGGACAGUUCUUGCGCAGAGAAGUUUGGAAGAUGACAUACAUGACGUUAUAUAUACUCCAAGGAAAGGAGAUAAAGUGGAAGGUAAGCUUCAGGUUGUGCUUCAAGCUAUUAUUGAUAAUGGCGUUAAUGUUAAAGUGAAGCUUAAGCAGAGAAAACUCAAGAAGAAGACUAGUCAUCUAACAGUGCCCUAUACUUAAAAUCUUUGCUAUUAUUUUCUUUUUAUCUUUUUAUGCUAAUUUUUUCAAGACAGAAGCAUGCUGUGUUGUUUUAUCUUUCAAUAAUGUCACACUUCAAAAGAUAUAUCUGGAAAAUUGAAAAUCAUUUAGACAACUA